AACAACACGCAACGCUGUAAGGAUUCCAUACAGAAUCUCCAGCAGCCAAAUGGAAACGAUAGCAUCCCCCAACGACGGCCAUGCAAGGCGCACAGCCGAUUACAAGCCAAACAUCUGGAACUAUGACCACCUACAGUCUCUUACCAGCAUAUACCAUGAAGAGAAGUACAAAAGAGAAGCUGAGACACUGAAAGAGGAAGUUCGUGGCAUUCUUGGUGCAUUUGAUCAGGAGGAUCCAUUGUAUAAGCUGGAGGUUAUCGAUGAGAUGGACAGACUAUCUCUUUCCUCUUAUUUUGUGGAGGAAAUCUAUGAAGCCUUAGCAUCCAUGAAGAGCAGUAAGCCUAGUGCCGGAAACGAAGAUCUCUACUCAAGUGCAUUGUACUUCAGGAUUCUAAGGCAGCAUGGGCAUCAUGUUUCUCCAGAUGCGAUUCAUCGACUCAUGGACAAGGAGGAGAAGUUGGUGAUGAGCGCACGUUCGGAUGGCAAAGCGAUGCUUCAAGUGUUUGAAGCGUCUCAUCUUGGCUUGGAGGACGAAUGGCUGAUUGAUAGAGCAAAAGCAUUUGCUACUAAUAAUCUCAGGCUUUUCAAUUUAAACGAUGAUCUGGACAAGAUAGCCAAGUGCCCUCUGCACUGGAGUGUGAACUGGUUUAAUGCCAAGCAACACAUCCAGGGAAAGAACAAGUCUACGUUCCAUCGGCUAGCAGGCCUUAGCUUUAACAUCGUUCAGGUUCAGCACCAAAAUGAACUAAAGGAAGUUUUAAGAUGGUGGAAGAAUCUGGGGCUUUCAGAAGUUCUAACCUUCACAAGAGAUAGAGUGGUGGAAAGUUUUCUGUGGGCAGUGGGAGUGGCUUAUGAGCCUCAAUAUGGAAGCCUUAGAAAAUGGCUAACAAAAGCCAUUGUCUUGGUACUAAUAAUUGAUGAUGUCUAUGACAUUUACGGCUCCAACCAUGAACUCCACCAAUUCACCACUGCAGUAGAAAGGUGGGAUCCAGUGGAAAUUCAACAGCUUCCAGAAGCUAUCAAGAGAUGCUUUUGGGUGCUUUACGACACCAUAAACAACAUGGAUCAUGAAAUUCAGAAAGAGAAAGGCUGCGACUCAGUUCUACCUCAUUUGAAGAAAGUGUGGACAGGUUUUUGCAACGCAUUAUUUGUGGAAGCAAAGUGGUACCACACGGGUCACUCUCCAUCUCUGUCUGAAUACCUGGAUAACGGAUGGAUAUCCUCAUCUGGCCCUCUACUUUCUCUUCAUAUUCUUAUUGGCAUCAGCCACGAUAUCACACAAGCUAUCCAUGUCUUUAACAACAGUAAAGAAAUUAUCCGCCACUCGUCGCUCAUCAUUCGGCUGUGCAACGAUCAAGGCACUUCUAAAGCCGAACUGGAGAGAGGCGAUGCACAUUCGUCAAUCCUCUGUCGCAUGAGAGAAGCAAAUGUUACAGAAGCAGCAGCUCGGGGCCAUAUCAAGAACCUUGUGACCGAUUCAUGGAAAAAAAUAAACGGGCUGUUCAUCAGUGCUCCUCGUUCGCAGCAACCGGUGAUCAGAUAUGUAGUGAACACAGCAAGAGUUGCGACUUUCAUAUAUCAAAAUGGAGAUGGUUUUGGUGUUCAGGACCGCGAGACGAGGGACCAAGUCCUGUCCUGCUUGAUUGAGCCUCUUCCCCUGGCUUGAUAAUGUCCCUUCACAAUUAAUAAUAAAUUAAUACAACUGCAAUU